AUGGAGUGGGUUCGAGGCGAUUUACUCGGCCAUGGAAGCUUCGGAACAGUGAAUUUAGAAAUAUCCAAGAGUCAGAGCCUUCAAUGUAUUCACGAGAAUGGGUUUGUUCACUGUGAUCUCAAGCUUCAAAACGUUCUUCUAUGUCAAAACGAUGUCGCGAAGAUCGUCGAUUUUGGUUUGGCGAAGAAAUCGGGAGAGAAGAUCGUGGGUUUUGAGUUGAGAGGUACGCCGAUGUAUAUGCCGCCGGAGACAGUGGUGGCCGGACAGCAGGAGGCGGCUGCGGACGUAUGGGCUUUGGGGUGUUUGGUGGCGGAGAUGGUGGCCGGAACGCCGCCGUGGCGGUGCUCGGCGGAGGGGAAUGUGUGUGGGCUGCUGAUGAGGAUUGGGUUUGGGGAGGAGGUACCGGAGAUUCGU